GCUGAUUGGCCCAACGGUGUAUCACGUGGUCCGGAAGUGAAGGGUCCUGAUGUGUUUCUGGAGUGCAGGAGGGUUCCGAUAAGAUUCUACGGUGUUCGGCUGGAUUUCCUGGUGGAGAAAAUGGACACAUUAAACAAACUGAAGCAGUUUGACGCUUAUCCUAAAACUCUGGAGGAUUUCCGGGUGAAGACGUGGGGAGGAGCGACCGUGACCAUCAUCAGCGGCAUCAUCAUGUUCGUUCUGUUCGUCUCUGAGCUGCAGUACUACCUGACCAAAGAGGUCCACCCGGAGCUCUACGUCGACACGUCGCGAGGAGACAAACUCAAGAUCAACAUUGACGUCAUUUUCCCUCACAUGCCCUGUGCCUAUCUCAGUAUCGACGCCAUGGACGUGGCCGGAGAGCAGCAGCUGGACGUCGAACACAACCUGUUCAAGCAGCGGCUGGACAAAGAGCUGAAACCCGUCACCACCGAGGCAGAAAAACACGAAAUGGGUCAGGCUGAAGACGGGGAAGCGUUCGACCCGAGCACUCUGGACCCGAACCGAUGUGAGAGCUGUUACGGCGCUGAGACCGAUGACCUGAAGUGCUGCAACACCUGUGACGACGUGCGCGAGGCGUACCGGCGGCGCGGCUGGGCCUUUAAGAGCGCCGACACCAUCGAGCAGUGCAAACGCGAAGGCUUCACGCAGAAGAUGAUGGAGCAGAAGAACGAGGGCUGCCAGGUUUACGGCUUCCUGGAGGUCAAUAAGGUGGCAGGAAAUUUCCACUUUGCUCCAGGAAAGAGUUUCCAGCAGUCGCAUGUUCACGUGCACGCUGUGGAAAUUCAUGACCUGCAGAGUUUUGGUUUAGACAACAUCAACAUGACCCACCUGAUAAAGCACUUGUCAUUUGGUAAAGAUUACCCCGGCAUCGUAAAUCCGCUGGACGGAACCGACGUCUCGGCGCCGCAAGCAUCGAUGAUGUACCAGUAUUUUGUGAAAAUUGUUCCAACCAUCUACGUAAAAACAGACGGAGAGGUGGUCAAAACGAAUCAGUUUUCCGUCACCAGGCACGAGAAAGUCGCCAACGGUUUAAUAGGAGAUCAGGGUCUGCCGGGCGUCUUUGUUCUCUACGAACUUUCACCCAUGAUGGUCAAAUUUACAGAAAAACACAGGUCGCUGACUCACUUCCUGACGGGCGUGUGCGCCAUCAUUGGCGGCGUGUUCACAGUGGCCGGUCUCAUCGACUCGCUCAUCUACCACUCGGCGCGCGCCAUCCAGAAGAAGAUAGAGCUGGGCAAGGCGUCCUAACGACGGCGCCCCCCAGUGGCCGCACAGACCGAGACGCUGAGCACCCAGAGGACUGAAACGGGCGGCGAGGCGGGGGGAGAAACUCUCCUCUUCUCCAUGAACUAGACCUGAAACAAACCGAGAGAGAAAUCCAGAGCGGUGGAGCCGUUUGGAUUUUCCUAUCUGCCGUUCGGAGACGGACGGGCCGCGGGGGCGGAGCAACGGGAGGACGCCGCCACCAGGAGCAAGAAGCCGCUCCAUCGCUACGCUCAGCGUUUGGUAGGAGAGCGAGGAGCAGCAGAGACGGACAUUUUUAAGCUCAGAUAAUUUAUUUCAUCUUCUCUGACUCACAUGGUUCAGGCUGUGGAGCGACUUUUUCUUCCAUAUCUGCAGCAGAUCUGAUAAAAACAGUGAAUCCUUCCAACAGCCGCUCAGUGUUCAGAGAAAACCCAGCAGAGAUCCACCUGCAGCACCGCAAGGUAUUAACAAGGAGAAGAAGAAGAAACUGCUCAUUAAACUACUAAAUCAG